CGAUUUGGACGCAGGAGAGCCACGGGGGGCAACACCUGCGAAUGGCAAUGAGUCUCCCCGGGAACUUUACUCUCCAAACCCAAGUGUGUCUUUCGUCAGCCAGCAAGUAUUUCCGCGAUGCCAAAGUCGAAGGUUUUGUCAGUGAUAGUGUGCGUGGGAGUCGUGUUCACUCUGAACAUCUUGUACAGACAUGGAUAUGCAGACAGCAGUUUCAGAUCUGGGACGUCUGAGAGGCAAGGACUUGUAGAAGACCGCUUCCGAAGUCGCCGGGAAAGAGUGCUCAGGACCUGUCGAACAUUGCAGAACAAGGAGGACGUCGUGUGCACCAUCAAUACACGUGUCUUGUACUUUUGGAAUUAUAACGCCAGUAUUUGCACCAUGGGGAAGGUUAGCUCAGGUACCUGGCGUUCCCAUGCACAAAGAGUCAAUGAAUUACGUGGCCAUCCCAUGCAUGACAGCAGACGCCGCAAUCUCCUCAGGAAACCUUGGCAGCAGGUGAUAGACUACAGUAGAUCAGUGUCCAGAUGGAUUUCCGUCAGGUGAGUCUUAGGAAACUAAU